AUGAGCAUCCUGCUGCCCAACAUGGCGGAGUUCGACACAAUCUCAGAAAUGGAGGAGGAGGAGGAAGAGGAGGAAGAAGUGGCAACGUCGUCGUCGCCAUCCUCUUCACCAGUGUCAGGCCAAGAGGACGACGAAGAGCAAGAUGAGGAAGAAGAGGAAGCGUCAGCACCUCUCCCGCCUCGGGUAGUGAGCGAAGAAAAUCUGAGAAAAUAUGCUCCAGACCCUGUGUUGGUUCGGGGCGCCGGCCACAUCACUGUGUUUGGCUUGAACAACAAGUUUGAUACCGAAUUUCCCUCAAUUCUAACAGGAAAGGUAGCCCCAGAAGAAUUUAAGACCAGCAUUGGCCGUGUGAAUGCAUUUUUGAAAAAGGCUCUUCCAGUCAAUGUGAAAUGGCUGCUUUGUGGCUGUCUCUGCUGCUGUUGCUCACUAGGUUGCAGCUUGUGGCCUGUUAUUUGUCUCAACAAAAGAAGCAGAAGAUCAAUUCAGAAGUUAUUAGAAUGGGAAAAUAACAGAUUAUAUCACAAGCUUGCUUUGCACUGGAAGUUGACUAAAAGGAAAUGUGAAACUAACAAUAUGAUGGAGUAUGUAAUACUAAUAGAAUUCUUACCAAAAUAUCCCAUAUUCCGACCUGACUGAGGAAUUAUGUUCAGUCACUCCUGUAUUAGCUGUCAUCUCCUACCCUUAGUGCCUUGUAGGUGAUUUUUGGAAUGAAGAUGAUCUCUUUUUGUUUUGUUCUUUUUCAAAUUAUUCUGUAUAAAGAUAGAAUAUUCUCCCUGCAUUUUUGUGUUGGUUUAAGAAGAAAAUUUACACAUCUUUUU